CCCGGUGGCCCCCCCAUCCUCGUCCCCUGCCACGCAUUUCGUCCCUCCCGUCCCUGGCCUGGUCCUGCUCUUUCUCCCCUUGCACCGUGCCCUGCAAAUCCCCGCAGGCCACAAGCAAUGGAGCUGCCUCUCUUUCCCUCUCUCCAGUUCGUCCCCAACAAAAACGGAACCGAGGCCAGACAGACAGCACACAGCAUACCUUACACGGUAAGGUAGAGCACAGAACACCACCACUACUCCGUACGGAUACCUACCAAGUAGACCUCACCUCGGUUUAUUACAGAUGGUCCAGUUUAAGGUACCUACCUGCACACCACUCACUCACUCCUCCGAAAAAAAAGUCACAGGGAUCUCCUUUUGCUCCAUCCGUUACGGUACCUGACCGGCCACUUGUUACUACUCGGUACUAGCGAGCCAAGGCCCUGGAGAGACACAGUUGACAACGGGCCCCGUCCCGACCCAUCGUUUGCUAACUAUUUUGUCUUUUCGCCUCCGCCACGACCCGAUACCGACCUGAGGUUCUUCCCAGAGUGCCUUCAUUUAUUACUCCCCUCCCUUCCUCCUUUUUCCUGCUUGUGAUUCUUAAUUCCUGUUCCCUCCCCGCGACCCAAUUGGUAUCCCUCUCUCUUCUCCCAAGGGCCAUUGGAACUUGUCAACCGUUCCUCUGAGUGUAUUCAUCCAAUACCGAGGCAACAUCACCAAGCUGCCCUCAUCGUCCCUCUUAUCUUCCCUAGCAGCAGCAGCACAAUAAUACCAGCCGCCAUGGCUUCUACCACUUCGUCUGCGCCGGCCGGCCAGAACCCCAUUCUCCGCCGCACCGUCACCAGCAACACCGCCGAGACCGACGCUUCGGUUCCUUCCACUGCCAUGGCUUCGCCCGUGGACUCGCCCCGUCCUUCUGCUUCGUCGACCUCCUUGUCGUCUAUGGCCUCUGACGAUGCCGUCCUCGAGAAGAAGGCCAACUACACCAAGCUGUACGACACCUACGGCAACGAGUUCACCCCUCCCGAUUUCACCAUCAAGGACAUCCACAACGCUAUCCCCAAGCACUGCUUCGAGCGUUCUGCUCUCAAGGGAUACGCCUACAUCGCCCGCGAUAUCCUCUGCCUCACCACCACCUUCUUGAUCUUCCACAACUUCGCUACCCCCGAGUACGUGCCUUCCAAGGCUGCUCGUGUCGUUCUUUGGGCCGUCUACACCAUUCUCCAGGGUCUCUUCGGAACCGGUCUUUGGGUCAUUGCCCACGAGUGCGGUCACCAGGCCUUUUCUCCCUCCAAGACCAUCAACCACGCCACCGGCUGGGUUCUUCACUCGGCUCUGCUCGUUCCCUACUUCAGCUGGCAGAUCUCCCACAGCAAGCACCACAAGGCCACUGGCCACAUGGAGCGUGACAUGGUUUUCGUGCCCCGCACUCGCGAGCAGCAGGCCACCCGUGCUGGCCGCUUGGCCCACGAAGUCGGCGAGUUGGCUGAGGAGACCCCCAUCUACACCCUCCUGAUGCUUAUCGCCCAGCAGCUCGUUGGCUGGCCCAACUACCUCAUGACCAACGUCACUGGUCACAACUUCCACGAGCGCCAGCGUGAGGGCCGCGGCAAGGGCAAGCACAACGGUGCCGGCGGUGGUGUCAACCACUUCGACCCCAGCAGUCCCAUCUUCGAGGCCAAGGACGCCAAGCUCAUCAUCGCUUCUGACAUUGGUGUCGGCAUCACUAUGACCGUCCUCGCUCUCCUCGGCAACAAGUUCGGCUGGUCCAACCUCCUGGUCUGGUACUUCAUUCCCUACCUCUGGGUUAACCACUGGCUUGUCGCCAUCACCUUCCUCCAGCACACCGACCCUACUCUUCCUCACUACACCGCUGGUGAGUGGAACUUCGUCCGUGGCGCCGCUGCCACCAUCGACCGCGAGAUGGGCUUCAUCGGACGCCACCUCCUCCACGGCAUUAUCGAGACCCACGUCCUCCAUCACUACAUCAGCACCAUUCCCUUCUACAACGCCGACGAGGCCUCCGACGCCAUCAAGCCCGUCAUGGGCAAGCACUACCGUGCUGACGUCAAGGAUGGCCCGGUUGGCUUCAUCAAGGCCUUGUACAAGUCUGCGCGUAUGUGCCAGUGGGUUGAGCCCAGUGCUGAGGCCCAGGGCGAGGGCAAGGGUGUCUUGUUCUUCCGCAACCACAACGGUCUCGGCACCGCGCCUAUCAAGGGUGCGGUGAACUAAGUUACGGAGUUGAGCGACUGAAAGAAGAAAGAAAGAAAGAAAGAAAGAAAGGUCGUGUCUUCUCAUGAGCUGGUCCACGAUGGCCCUCUCUGCAUACGCUAGUGUAGGAUUUUGGCGAUUCGUAUCGCCGAGUGCUUCGGGCUCUGGGCCUGGCCGUCGAGUCUUGUUUAAUGUGCGAUCUUCGAGGGACGCCGUGGUAAUGUCGAAUCAAGCACGGGAGCCCAGGGUGGCCUGGAGACGGUACAGAAGAUAUAGUGCAAAAAAAAACUGGCAUGGCGUUAGCAUUUUAUACCUGCACCAAAUGGAUAGAUCCAUAGACACAGAAGUCAAAGAGAGAGAACAAGCAAUAGAAUGAUAGCUUCCGAGCAUUCCGAUCACACCGCCACCUCUUGACAAUCGUGUCCAACGUGAUGAGCAUGGAGGCCGCAUCCGACGCCAGCAACCGGGAGAAGGUCUGAUCCGCGAUCACUUCGUCUGUCACGAACCCUGGUAUCGGUGUUCUGCUGCUUUGGAACUGCUUCUUCAUGGUGAUGUGAAUCUGAGAAAUAGCCCUGGAGCUAAGAGAAUACGCAAGGUUCGGUUCAAUUCAUCCUGAUCGUGGAGAGAAUGCGGGGUGCGCACGCGAUCUUGCGGACGCCGGGACGCCGGACGCCCUCGAACCUGGACGGACCAAUGAAUGACCAUCCGAUGGUAACAAAAGGCAGGCAGA